GCGCAGUCCCAGGAGCACGCGUUCUGAACAUUACCAGAAUCCGAAUCUAACAACAGGACAACGAGGGUUAGUCUGAAUUUUACCUCGAUUCAAAACCUUAUUCUGAAUGUCCCACAACUUUAACGAAACAUUAAUUUAUAUCUAAGUUAUUGUAGCAUCAGCGAGACCCAGGCAGAGAUGUCAAGCAAUCAAAGAAGACCACAUUUCUGGAGCGAAGAGGAGACAGAUUUCCUUUUGCAAACUUUAAAAGAGAUGAACAUAGACCGCUACAAGGACGGCCGGAAGCACCGCAACAGCCUCGUCUUCAGGAAGGUUUGCGCCAAACACAGGGAGGCAGGAUUUGCGCGCUCAUGUGAUCAAGUCAAACACCGCUGGAAAACCCUCAAAUCUAUUUACUAUAAGGUCAAGAAACGCAACUAUAACAACAACAAUGGGGAGUUUAAACAUUAUGAUACGAUGGAAGAAAUAUUUGGACACAGACCUUCGGUUAUGACCAAUCAAAUUGAAGUUGACGUCGAUGAUAAAGACGGAUCCCCCUUAUCAGAUAGCGAAUGCUUCUUUUUUGAGGAUGGUGAAUGUGAUGAUGAUGAUGGAGUGGAAGACUCAAAAGGUGGAAUUCAGGAAAUCCAGUCAGUGAAAACGGAGAGCGAACCCCUCAUCCUCACACAACCCUCAAAUGAGAGCUCCACCUCUACAGAAAGCUACACACCCACCCAGCCAAUCACUUUUACAGAGAGCAUCAAUUCUGCACAACCGUCCACUUCCCAGCAGCCUCUGGUUCAAGGUUUGUUCAAGCGCAAAAGGCCUUGUUGUGUUGCGAUGCACACCCAGUAUCAGGACUUUCUAGAAAGAAUGCAGCAGGCACAAAACACUUGGCUGGAGCAUCAGCUGGAACAGAGUCAUGCCAGAGAGGAACGUCUUAUUUCUCGAGUGCUCACUGAACAUACACGUUCUAUGGAGACCUUAGUCAACCAGCUUUUUGCAGGGUUGAGAAGCCUCCUGCCAUCCCAGUCCAAUUCAAACCCCCAGCCUGUAUUUACAGCACCAGAGAUCCUCAAUACACCACCUCAACCUCAUGCCAACCCUGCACAGCCUGAGCUAACAUCAAACAUUUCCUCCCAUCCAGAAGAGCAUUCAGAGACGCAUGCCACAUGUUAGAGACAGUGAAGCAGCCUUCAGAGUGAUUCAAGACUCUCUAAACAUGGAAUAUUACAUUAUAGUUUUUCUCAGUCGCUUUUAGUACACUUCUCAGACCAGAAUUGAAAUUCUCAACUACUGUGCUGAGUUUCUUCGUGGGUGUUUUGUUUUUCCGGAACGCUACUUUAAUGUACUGGAAGCUAAAACUCAUUUAGAGACGGGAACCGGGAGACAUGCAACAACUUUAACCAUAAGGUGAACACAAAACAAGUUUCCAUCUUGAGCUCCUUCACGGGACUCGACACUUGUAAACACUCACUCCAUCAGGCUCGCUGCUCUCAGCACCGCCCACAGUCCUCACAACUACCAAGCCGACCAAUCACAGAUCUUGUGCUAUGCGUUGUUGUGACAUGUAGUUACAUUUUUUUGAGAGGUGCGCAUCAGCGUCAGUAAGGGCUAUGUGACCACACAAAUGCUACGAUGGACCAUUCGCGUGUGCUUGACGCAGAAGUAUAAACCAGGCUGCGUCCGAAACCGCCAUCUACUCAGUAGAUACUCCAUUUUAAUUUAAGCAUACUACUCGACCGUUAGAAAAGUAUGUUCUAUACAGUAGGAAUGCAAGCAGCAUGAAUGAAAUUUUAAUAUAUGACAUUCGCCAUUUUGUCAUGGUCACGUGACCUACCUGCGUCAGUUGUGUCACUUUAGUCCCAUUCAUGAAUUCUCUCGCUGGGCAUCAUGGGAUAGCGCAGCAUGCAUGGGAAGCGCACUUCAGAAUCUCGCCGGAAGUAGUAAGUCAUCCGUGUACUUCUCACAUUCUGAUUUUCGAAUUCUAUGAAUUCGGACACACUACUCGGCUCGCAUACUGAUUUUAGCUUACGCAGCCCCCAUCUUUAGGCCAUGUCCACACUUUACACACUACAUUUUUGUUUAAAAACACACAUUUUCUCUCCAUUUUGCCCUUUAGUCCACACAAAGUGGGCACUUUUGGGAAAAAAUUUAUCUUUUUA